AUGUUGGCACGCGUCUUAAAUUCAAAUGCAACAACUGUUGCAAAACGUGCACUUACAACAAAUAAUAUUCGUAUGAUUGAUUCUCGUCGACAUAAUAGUCAUGGAAGUGGUGCAGUACAACAUGGUAGUCAUCAUGAUGAAGUUGAUCAUCAUGGUCAUCAUGAUACAUAUAAGAUGAUGUAUGAACGCUUAUGGCAAAAUAAAGCAACACUUGAUUGGUUACCAAAACCAGAAGGCAAUUGGCAAGAAAUUAAUGGAAAACAACAAGCAUAUUAUAACAAAGUGCUUGUUGGUGGUAUUCUUGCUUUUACAUUUGCAGUAGUUUAUUUUCGAACUAUUGUAAUAGGUGAUUCUGGUGCAUUAACAAAACCUCCAUAUCAUCUUAUUGGAAAUGAAGAUUUUCCUGGUUCAAAAUAUGAAGAUGCUGUUGGAGCACAAAAAUAA